GGCCCAAGAAGUUAGGUAAACAGCGCCUGCAUGCGCGCGGUUGGAUGUGUGUUGGUGACGAAAGCUUCGGGUGGUGUUUGGUAGCGUGCUCUCACAGCCGUGAACGCCAGAUAAGCUAGAGACAGAGUGUAGUAGAGUCGCCUUGCAUGAUUCGUUAGCCCGUACGGUGACUGCGCCUGCAAAGAGAAGAGAACAGUGGCUGAACAUCUACAGUAGGGGUCAUUCCAAUCCCCUUAACUCUCUCCGAGGAAGACUUGUUGGACUAUUGGGGUCAAUCAUAGCCUUCAUUAAUUCUGCUGUUUACAAUGUUACACGCAGUCUGAAGCUCUGUUUAGUGGCAGGCAGUCGUUAGUACAACUCUCUAGUGUUAACACACAAUAGGCCUAUAGCAUAUAUCUUACACGUGUUCUACCAAUCUUCUUUUAGCACCAGACAUCACUCCCGCAGGCCCCACCUCUUUGGAUAUCUCAUUAGUAUACCUGUUUUGUAAGCGUCUUUUCAGCGUUAUUACGAUCCCCGUGGUGUGUUUGUCGAGGGAGUAAAAGUAGCUUGGACUUCGGUGGAUUGAGGGGUUUGCUGGAUUGAAAGAGAGACUACCAAAUACCAAGCAAGCACCAGCCGUCAUCAUCAUGGGUCGAUCAUGGGCUGCUUUGAUGCCAGGGUUACUGCUGGUGUGUCUGGCUGUUGACAACGUGUUGGCUGACGUACAAGGACCCCCACGCUUGGACCAACCCAUUGUAGGAUUCCAAAAAGCCCGAGUUGGAAGUAAAAUCAAGCUUCUGUGUCCUGUGGUUGGUAAUCCACCCCCAUUAAUGAUGUGGAAGAAGGAUGGUGAGUCUAUCAACACUCUGUGGGAACGAUUCAAAGUCUUAUCAGCCGGCUUGAAAAUUAAGAACGUGGAGAUGGCGGAUGCUGGGCAGUACAUCUGCAGAGCAACAAAUGGAUUUGGCAGUGUUAGCCUCAACUACACUCUUACAGUUGUUGAAGACAGACGGAACCUUGGAAGAGUCAAGAACUCUGAGAGACCAGAAGCCCCAACAGGAAGCAAACCACCUACAGGAACUAAACCCAAAUUUUCACAGCCCUCCAAGAUGAGAAAAAAGAAAUUUGUGUGCCCCUUGAACAGCUCAGUGAAGCUGAAAUGUGCAGCAACUGGCUACCCGAAACCUCAAGUCCUCUGGAUGCGAAAUGGAGUAACACUGACAGAGGAGGAGCUAGAAGAACAGAGGGCAUCCUUUACACUCAAACUGAAAAGUCUGAAGGCCUCUGAUUCUGGAGACUACACAUGUGUUGUGUUCAAUAGAAAUGGUCAAAUCAAUGCUACAUACUCAGUGGAGGUUGUAGAUCAAGCGCAUGCUAAGCCAGUGUUACAAGGUGAACAUCCAGUCAACACCACUGUCGCUUAUGGAGGAACCACUUCAUUCCAGUGUCGAGUCCGCAGUGAUUCGCCCCCUCACAUCCAGUGGUUGAAACGAGUUGAACCACACAACGGCAACCAACGUAUCAAUGCUACCAUCGACAUGGAUGGGCAAAAGUUUGUGGUAUUGCCAGCUGGUGAGGUGUGGUCAAGACCAGAUGGAUCCUACUUGAAUAAACUUAUGAUCUCGCAUGCUACUGAGGAGGAUAGUGGCAUGUACAUAUGUCUUGGGGCUAACACGAAUGGUUAUAGUGUGAAGAGUGCAUUCCUGGAAGUAUUACCCGAUCCCAAUGGACGAUCACAACCAGGAGGUAGAAAUAACAAUUUCAAUGUUAAUAUCAAUAUGAAUGAUGUCGUUGCCAAACAGAAUCCACAGGAUAUCGACACCACUAAGAAAGUGCUACUCAUCACCAUCCCUCUAGCCUUUGCUGUUCUAUUCUGUCUUGGGGCAGCUGUCUGUACCUACCACCGCAACAAAAAUAUUCAGGGCUAUGCAAGCCCUGCUACUAACCAACCGUCCAAUCACCUUGCAGUACGGGCGGAGCAUAAACGCAACACCCCUGUGCAUCCAAAUCAAUCAGACUGUGAACAGAGUGUACCCUUAACCUCACCCCCAUCAAGCUUAGGAGGGGUACACUCAUAUCACCCACCCAGUCGAGAGGGCGUAGCUAUCAACAGAUAUACAGACUUGGGUAUGAGUGCGGAGAGCUACUCCGACACACUUAACAGUAGUGGCAGUGUGUCUAGUGGGAAGGUACACACACAUCAACAUGUUCAUCAGCAUCAUGUCGUUCACCAUUGCUAGCAUUCAGUAUACUCCUGCAUAGAAAUGUGUAAAUUUAAGGAGUGUGUUAUUUACAAAAUGGUGUCUUGGUACAGUGUAAGUGGUACAGUGGGAUGACCUUUGAACCCCCCUGACCUGCUUAAAGAAAAUGUUACAAUAUGAGGUUAUUAAGAACUGAUCCAGGGGUCACAGUCAUUGGGUGGGGGGAGGGACUUUAAAACAUGAGUUUAUGAUCUGUUUUGUUAAAUGUUAAGUACUAGACGUGGCGUUAUAGCCACUCAGUUUGUAUGGAAUUUCUACCAAAUUAGGCGUGAAGUCAACAUAAUAAUGUGUAAAUCAAAUCAUACAUCGGGAAACCAAUGACUAUGUCCUAAUCUAUCAAUUUUUUCUUGUCAAGUUGCCACUAAUGUUGAUUUCCCACAAUGCUUUGCAUUUUGUCUUAACAGGCGACAUCAUAUUUAUAAAUAGUGUUUACAUACCAGUAUCUGUACAGCUGAAUGUAUAUAUAAAUAUAUAUUAAAUAGAACUUAUUUUUAAAAGAUUAAUUAAUCAUUAUAACCAUAAGUGGAGAAAAGGUGGACAUGAUUAGAAAAUCACUGCUCAGAAUUUUAAAUCGAAUUUUAAUUUCUGGAAAUUCAUGAUGUGUCAUGGAAAAUUAGCCACUGGUAAAUCUGGUUAAUUGUCCGAGGCAAUCAGUCUUGCAGUGAUAUGGUUCAUUGCAUUUUUGAAAAAUGCAGUAAUUGAAGCUAUUGGUCUUAUGAAGCAUGUAGCUAUUUAACCAGUAUUUGAAGCUUUUUUCCAACCCUCCCCCCCCCGGAAGUUUGAAGGAACCUUCCUAAGUAGGCCCUAUUCUACUACUUUUUGCUGUGCAGAAGACCAGUGGUUUAUUGCUUACAUGUAAAACAUUUGACGACCAUGAAAGUACCAGUGACUGGAUUCUGCAGAAUCUUUUCAAUCCUUUGUCUAAGAGUUGGACUGAUCUUGUAAGAUGGACUUAAAUAUAGAUAAUACGUCAUCCUCACCUCCACUUCCUAUCUAUGUGUUGAUAGCCUUUGAUAUCAACAUGGGUGGAUUUGUAAAUUGAAGAGUUUAGUGUAAUUAAGAUUUGAUGUCACAAUGAAGAUACGUCAUUGCAGGGCCCUGUGGUGACAUCCUGAGAUCUGUGUCCUUUUCAUUCCAGAUCUCUUCAAGAAACAUGUUUAUGCCUUUUUGUUAUCUUCAAAUUAUGACUGCUUUUAAAGAAUAUAUUAACUGCAUUAAUUUUUUUUUCAAGAAGUAUCUCAGCUCUGAAGCAUGUCAUGCAAGUGAUUUUUGGAGUACUUAAAAUGACUUGGUGCUGGACACAUCUGAAAUCCAUUAUGCCUGUGCCUUUUUUGUUACUAUCUGCCACAACAUUUCAGGCUUUUUCCCUCAUUCCUCUUAGUGAAAAUAUUUGUGGCUAAAUUAUAUGUUGACGUAAAUAUUAAACGCCUAUACUUUUUCACGUAAAUAUUAGACUGGUAACCAAGUUUUAAUUAUACAUUUACUUUGUUCUCUAAAAACAAUCACUGCCAUAAUCUCUCUUUGAUUUUCUAUUUGUUCACUGCCAACUGUUCCUUAUUACUGUUCAUUUGUUCAUCCUUUCCAUUUAGUCAGUUCGGUAUUAGUCUGUGUUCCAGUUGUUCAGGUUAUUUGCUUUUGAUCCCCAGUUUCUGUUAACGGAGUAUAACAUUAGAGGGCGCAAUAAGAACUUUCUGUGGUGCUCCCUAAAGCAGUUGUAUUGGUGGUUCAGCCACUGAUGACUGAUUUUAUCCUUCCAUGUUAUAUUUAAGUUUCCAACAUGUUUCACACCCUUGCCAAAGAUUUUUCAAGCAUCAGUUGUAACUUGGGCUGUGGUUUGAAAUGUUAAUCAUGACUGCAUUAGAUGGUGACUGUAGACAUGUGUGUAAUUUCAAGCCACAGCCAAAUAGGUCAGACAUGGCCUUUCUGUUUUUGAGCUUUUGACUAAUGUCGGGGAUUUUCUAACAAGCUGCUUUUUAUUGCCUAUUGAGGCCAUAUAAACUUUUGUAUAUAGCAGUUUUUAAGAGUAAAAUGGCUAAACAAUGAAAAUUGAA